GGGCUUCGGGGGCGGGGCCAAAGGGAGGAAGAGACAGAGUGGGCCGGAGAGUGAGUCUCUCGCUCAGCUGAGUUGGGAGAGACACAGGCAGAGGCCGAAGCGCCUGAAAGCUCCGAGGCGGAGGUUUCUGUGCUCGUUCCCUUCGCAGGACACCAGUAUACUUGAAAAAUGGGUCGAAUUUUCCUGGAUCACAUUGGUGGUACUCGCCUAUUCUCCUGUGCAAACUGUGACACAAUCUUGACAAACCGAUCAGAGCUUAUUUCGACCCGAUUCACAGGAGCUACAGGACGAGCCUUUCUAUUUAACAAGGUAGUCAAUCUGCAGUACAGUGAAGUCCAAGAUCGAGUCAUGCUCACUGGUCGUCACAUGGUUCGCGAUGUGAGCUGCAAGAACUGCAACAGCAAGCUAGGCUGGAUUUAUGAGUUUGCUACUGAAGACAGCCAGCGCUACAAGGAAGGCCGUGUUAUUCUGGAAAGAGCUUUAGUCCGAGAGAGUGAAGGAUUCGAGGAGCAUGUGCCAUCUGACAACUCUUGAGUGGACAUUUCUAUGUCUUCACAUUUUCUCUGUUGAAACUUAAAAAGAGGAAAAUCAACAAAAAAAUUACUAUAUACACUGUCACCUUAGCAUCAGUGCUGGAUUUAUGAACUACAGAGGGGCAAAGAUUGUGAAAAUUCCAAAAGGAUUGUUCUUUAUUCUUUCAUUUAAAAAAAAAAAACCCUGUUUCUUUCAGUUUUACAUAGAAAAUGUUGUGGAUGCUGUAGCUUUGCCUUUUCUCCUUCAAUCUCAGAUAUGUAAUUGAAGUUACAAAUCACUGGAAAGGAAAGGAAGAAAGGUUUUUCUUUUUUCUUUUUUAGAGAAAUCAGUUGGAUUCUAGUUUGCAAACCUGCUAUAUCAAGAGGAAAUUUUAGUUGAGUAAUAUCUUAAUUUAUUUCCAUUUCUCUCAUAAGAUUUUAAUCCAUUUUUAGCUAGAUCCUCCAUCUGAUUGCUGGUUUAAGACAUCAUUAAUAUCUGAUGAAUGCUAAAGGUCCAGUGUUUAGUCCAGUUUGUGCUGGCCGUUGGUUCAUAUUCUUGUUGGGGUUCAUUGAUAGUACAAGGCCUGUGCUUGUCUUUGUCUUUCUCUCUUCCUGUGUGUAACUCAAAGUUGCUGCCAUUCCUUAUUUAGUUAAGUACCCCUUUCACCAUGUGACAUGUUGACUAUUUUUUUAAGUAGGGGAAAUCUACUUGUCUUUCCAGUUUUCAGAUGUAACUUACACAAUAAUAUAAAGAAAUGGCUGACUGGUCUUGUCUUGCUUCAAAACUGUGUUGGUAGUAAUGGAGAUUGAGCAGUCGCUGUAGCUGAAGUGUAUUUCUUACCCUCUUGGCUGAUCUCUCUGACUAGGAAAGUUGCAACUCUUAAUCUUAGAGCUCCCUUCCCCUUUAAUGUCUAGCUUUGCAUUAAAAACCUGGCUAUAAGAAAGAGGGGCAUGCCAGCAUGUACAGUUAUGCAUUACAGUGAGGCAUCUGGUCUACAACUAUUUUGAAUGGCAAACAGCUUGUCUUCGAAUGCUGCUUCCGAUGUCAAAGCUCUUACUCUUAGUUGCAUCUUGUGGUGCUGCGCCUUUACUGCUUUUACCAGCACAACUUGCUCAUGUGGCUGUACCCAAGUCGUUGAGUUACCUGGUGCUUCCUGUAGCAAAUACUUGUGUUGAAAUACUGUCUCUUGCUCAUCUGAACAAACCUUUGUGUAGACUCCCAAUACUCAGGGGUGCCCAGAUUUUGCUGUCAGCAUGGCCUGCCCAAGUUAACGUUUUUGGAAAUCCAAGAGCUGCAUCAUAGAUGGAUGGUGACAUUUUUUAUCUUAUCAGUACUAGGUAUUUCAUAGACUAAGUAUUUGCCUUAUUAUGACUGAUUCUUACACAUCUGUUAACUUCAAACAGUGAGCAAAAACAACAGAACAUCCCUAUUGCAAGAAGAAUAUUGGUCCUAUCCACUUCAGUCCUAAGCACACUUGCAGUGGCUGGGAUUGUUGGGGGAGGUGCCACUGCAAGUGCCUUUAGGAAUUGUUCCAUGACCCUACCUCCCAUAUAUUACUGGCAAAUUGAAUGGGUGUUGUGGAUGUAUGUUUCACACUCCACAGGAAGCAUCCUGGCCACUGAGCUACAUGAGUAUGGGCACCCCUCUUAGCUUGAACUUUAAGUAGCUCUAAUAUGCAACUUAGAAGGAAAAUCUGUAGAUUUGUGUACUGCAGUUGAGUUGAAUCAGGAUACUUAAACAAUAGUGUACUUGUGCCUCUGAUGAGUAACCUUUAUUAUUGACUUUGGUAGAUCCCUCUUAUUUUAGUAGCUUGGUUUGUUUCACUGGCCUGGCAAAUUGUCAUUGGCUUAGCCCUUGAUGUACUCUACAUGUAUUUUUGAUGUUGCAGUACAAUAAACUCUGUUUUGUCUUG